AUGAUUGAUCUUACCUUGAGGAAUAGUAUUGAUGCUCAACUGGAGCUUGCCGUGAUGGAUGCGGCAUGUGAAGGCGUGUUCGAUAGUAUAGAUACUACCUCUUAUUAUUUAAACCUCAGACAGAUACGGGAUCCAGGUCAUCAGUGCCCGGUGUGUAAGAAGUGGCAUGCUAAAAACUUUAAGAGACAUGUGCAAACAUGUGGUAAGGGUAAGUGGUGUACAGUUUGCUAUACUCGUCCUGAUGAUUUGGCAGCUCAUCGGUUGGUAUGUGAGGGGGAUCUUUUCCCAUGUCGGGUAUGUAGUUUGGUUUUCCAGAGUCGAGAGCUUAGAUUGGAGCAUGAGACGAUUUGCAGAAGACCUGAUUGCAGUGCGACAGCCAGGAACGUGAGACCUAGAGUGGAGACAAGUGGGACAGCUGAAGAGAGUUCCUCGGAAAACCAGACGGUAACCAGUAUCACGGCCAUAGAUGGAUUAUUUCGUAAAUUCUCUUUAUCUCCUCCUCUUAAAGUUGGUACCGAUUUUCAAGGAGCUUUGAAGAAAUCGUCCCCCAGAUUGACUGAUAUUAUUGAAAGUAAUCUUGGAACUGGUAUAAAGUUCAAUUUGGAGUUGAAUGUAACCCUCAGCAAGUUGGUCACCGGAGACAUCGUAGCUAGAACAUUUGAUAGCGAGAUGAUACCAUUACUUCUCACAGAUCUCAUUGCUCCAGCUCUCCAGACCCAUAACAACAACAUCAGUGAUCGGGUAGACAGACUCAUCAGAGAUGGGAGUGGAUGGGCGGUACACGAGAUAAUCUCCAUCUCGAUUAACAUUACCAGGUAUAACCCGUUAGCAGGUAGCAGCUGGAUGGAGUUGCCUUUACCCAUCAGACGUAAGACCUACGCUCUUCUCAACAUCCAGAACAUGAACGAUGAACGCUGCUUGGAAUGGGCUCUAGUUGCAGCUCUCGAACGUCAGCGGGGGUAUCCUAGAGGGAAUAACCGUCUUCGCGUUGGUCGCUAUCAGAAAAGCAACGUGAAGAUAAACAUGACUGGUAUCUCCACCCCUACUCCAAUCAGCGAGAUUGGUAAGGUUGAGAAGUUGAAUGACGUUUCGAUCAAUGUUUUUGGAUGGGAUGAUGGAACGAUUUUGAAUGGAGAACCGAGCGAACUUCACCAGGGAUUCUACCCUAUCAGACUCUGUCAGAAUCCUAACAGUGAGACGAAGUAUAAGGCAGAAGAAGACGGAGAAGGAGCAGCUCACGUUAAAGUUCAACAGUUGGAGGAAGACGAUAAAAAUCCGUUCACGGUCUCCGCUGACAUAGAGUGUAUCCUAGUGCCGCGGGAGGUAGACGAAAACGGAGUUACAGUGAAGAUCGCAGAGCACACCCCCUGCACGGUAUCGUACAAGCUAAAUAGUCACCUAGCUGGGUUUGAAGAUGAGCCUGUAGUUAUUUUCCAUGGACCAAAAUGUAUCGAUGAGUUCUUGGAAGCUCAGGAUUUAUUGUAUGACCGUCUCAGACCCUGGAUGGAGAUGAAUGAGCCAAUGGAGAAGGUAGACCAGGCUACCAUGGAUCGUCUCAAUGCUAAUCCAAAUUGUGUUAUUUGCAAACGUAAACUUAUUAAAGAUAAACAUCUCGAUCACUGUCACUACACUGGUAAAGUUUUAGGUUACACUCAUCCACUAUGCAACCUAGAACGUCAAACACCAAAGUAUUUACCCAUUUUCUUUCACAAUCUUAAAGGAUACGACUCACACAUGGUUAUUGGAGGUAUUGCAGAUCGUGUUGAUGAUCCUUGGGAUAUCAAUGUUAUCGCCAAGGCUAUGGAAACAUACACAGCAUUCAGCACUAAAAAGUUCAGGUUCAUUGACUCAUGUGCUCACCUCAACUCCUCUCUAGAGAAACUUGUGUCUAAUCUUCAUUCGUCAGGACCUGGAGCCUUUAAACCUGUCGAAGACUUCCUUCAGCAGAAGUUCGGUUGUGUGGAGCCUGAGAAACUGGAGCUUCUUCUUCGCAAAGGGGUGUACCCCUACUCCUACUUCAAGACCUUCGAGACCUUUGAGGAGACUGAACUACCUCCCAUUACGGCUUUCUACAAUGACCUGAACGAUGAACCCUGCUCGGAGGAGGACUAUGCUCAUGUGCAGAAAGUCUGGGAGGUGUUUGGUUUGGAGAGUCUCAAGGAUCUGGUAUAUCUCUAUAUAGCCUCUGAUGUCCUACUCCUCGACUCAGUGCUACAACAGUAUAGGAUAGAGUGUAUAAAUUCUUAUGAUCUUGAUCCUGUACAUUAUUAUACUGCACCAGGUUUAACAUGGGAUGCAGGAUUAAAGUAUACUGAGGUAGAGCUAGAAUUAUUGAAGGAUCAGGAAAUGUAUACUUUUAUCGAGCAGGCUAUCCGUGGUGGUAUUAGCACCAUUACUCAUCGCUAUGCUAAGGCUAACAAUCAUAAUCUUCCAGACUAUGAUCCUUCUAAACCUGAAAGCUACCUUUCCUAUAUAGACGCAAACAACUUAUACGGGUGGGCUAUGUGUCAGAAGCUUCCGAUAUCGGGCUUCAAGUGGCAGAAACCGGGUAAACUUCUCACCGUCGACGACAUCAUGGCUUGGGAUCCGAAUGGUGACGUGGCUUACUUUGUCGAGUGUGAUACAGAGAUGAAACCCGAGGAUCACGACAAAUUCAACGAUCUACCUCUAUUCCCUGAAUCUCUGGUGGUGCAGGAUAGUAUGGUAUCAAAUGCAACUCGUAAGGCAAUGGAGAGGAGAGGGGUAAACUCCGUUGCUCCUUCUAAGAAGCUUGCUCCAAACCUCUUUCCUAAGAUUAAGCAUAAGAUUCAUGUAGCAGCAUUGCAGUAUUACAUUUCAAUUGGUGGUGUUUGUACCAAGAUUCAUAGAGUUAUAGAAUUUGUGCAGUCUGAUUGGUUAAGGAAGUACAUUGCAUUUAACACCAAAAAACGACAGGAGUCUACUUCAGAGUUUGGUAAAGCUUUCUUCAAACUACUGAACAAUGCUUUCUUCGGGAAGAGUAUGGAGUCGGUGAGGCUUAGAGUGAACAUCAGACUGAUACGGAACGGCAGGCAACAUCGCUUUCAGACUAGUAAACCUGGAUUCAAGAGGUUUUGCAUUUUCUCUGAUAAACUGGUUGGACUAGAACUUGUUAAGCCUGUUAUCGUGUUAGAUAAGCCGAUUUAUUUAGGAGCAGCUAUUUUAGACUUGUCAAAAUUGUUAAUGUAUAGAUUCUGGUACGAUGUGCUCAAGUACCGGGCUUAA